CGUUGUAAUAAAAGCUAAAAAUAGGGGUGGCAACUCACUUCCUGUCAACAAGGAAGAAGUAUAGUUUGCGUGCAUGUCACGGAUAUUAACAUUGACAUUAUUAUGAAGUGAUCCGGAACGAUGGGAAACUGUCUGCGUAAAUGCUUUGGGCGGUUUGAUAAGAGGAGAAAUUUCCUUCACUUGAGGUACUCCGUUGAAAAAGAUGCGUCUGUUGAGUUUGAGAAUUUAAUGGACGAGGAAGAGGUCCAGGAUGAAAUGUCCAAAUUGGUAACCGAGCGUGAGAAACAGCUUCUGUCAAACCGUCAGUACAACACGUUGAUUAAGGAACAGAAGCUUCAUGACGCUGAAAUAGAUCGACAGUUACAUGAAGAGGAGGAGCGCAUUCGCAAGGAGGAGGAGGCAUACAUCUCUGCGCGGCGCGAGGCAGCCAGGGUGGCGCGACUCCAGCAGGAGCGGGAGGACGCCAGCGGUCCGAGCUCCUGGAAGGCGGGGCAGCAUGGCCAGUGGCAGGUGGCCGGGGGUGAAGAUGAUUUUGAGAUGUUCUUGGAAGGUGUCAGGCAACGCUCCAUAAAAGCCCAGGCUGAUCUCCGCAAAAGCCUCUCCCCUGGUGCUGGCUCCUCAAGCAGUCAAGAGCAGGGAACCAUGGGUGUUGCCAGGGGCAGAUCAAACACGGACCAGUCCAUGGAGCUGGAAUGGGACCACGAUGAAGACACUGGCCUGAUACCUGAUGGGGACUGGAAGUUGCCUGCAUACGAGGGACCUGGUGGGGAGGAGAGAGGGGCCCCUGAGGGAACAGAGGGGGGAAGCAGCCCCCGGGGUUCUGUUGAGCUUGAGUGGGACAUAGACUCAGACUUUACGGAGCUCUCGGACAAAGUUACUCCUGGUACCAAGGCAAAUGUUGCCCAGGCUUCUGAACAAUAGUAUGACGAGAGAGGAGGAUCUGCGUUAUUUCUGUAAUCAUGAGGAAAUGGAAAAAAGCCUUAUUUUAGAUGUAACUCUUGCCGCAUUCACACUGUGAAAAAUAUGCAAUUUUACUAGAAAACAUGAAGUGAGAAGGAAAUUUGGACAUUUUACAGUUAAAUAAAAGUAAUACAAGUAGGUUACCAAGUAAAAUUCAAGAAUGAGUUUUUCCACUGUGGAAUUCACAGGUCUAUAUUUUAAGGUCAGUUUUACAGGGUCUGGAAUUUCAUCAAAAAUAGAGUUUCUGAAUGGUGAUUUUCAAAGAAAGGAAACAAAUUAAUGUGUUACAGUUAAAAACAUAAAAGAGCCCCUUUAAACAUAAUAUAUAUCAAACUUAUUAUGGAUGGAUUUUUGGACAAGAAACAUUGUGUAAAAAAGAAUUUGUUUUGGCAUUUAUUUAAAAUGUGCAGCCAAUAUAUAAGUUUCAGUGAUCACAUUAUUCAACCUGGUAUUAUCUUAAUAACCAGGGAAAAUAAGUUGAGAUUAUCAAAGAUUAUGGGAAUAUGUAGCUCAUUACUUAUUUUUGCUUAAAUGCUUUUUAUUUUUUGUGGUUUGGGGGAAUUUUACCUGUAAUUAGGGAUUAUAUAGAACAUGCUGUAGUUGUUAUAUUAGAAAUAUUGAGUUCUUUAGUUAAUAAUUAUCUAUAAUGGUUAACAUUUCUUUGUCACUGUCAUUGAAUGACAUGAACAUGUGUUAUAAGCAAUCCAAUAUGUUACCAGUUUGUUUAAAAAAUGUUUUAGCCCCAUAUGUCACCCUGGCUGUUAAUGGCAAGUGUUUACAUUAGGCAAUUUUAAAUCCAUAUCAGAGACAACAUUUCCACGCAUAAUUGCUCAAUUUGUAUUGUCCUUGUAGAGAUAUCAUCAUUAAUAAUCCCCUGCCUUAGGCGGAGGGAUAUUGUUUUGGCGUUGUCCGUCCUUCCGCCCAUCCGUCCGUCCGGAGCCAUAUCUUGGAAGUGCUUUGGCGGAUUUCAAUGAAACUUGGUAUGAGUAUAGAUAAGAGGAUGAUGCAUGCCAAGUGGCAUUGUACACCAUCAGUUAAUAACAGAGUUAUGGCCCUUUGUAUCUUGAAAAAAAUGCUUUUUUGAGUGUCAAAUAUAAUACUUUUGUGUCCAGAAGCAUAUUGGCGGGGGAUAUCAAUUCAACGAAUUUGCUUGUAAUUAUUUGUAUUUGAAAUAUAUGCUAUUCGUUAUUUGAAUAUUACCGAUGUGUGUGUGUGUGUGUAUAGAGAUUACCAGGUUAGUGUUGAAUACAGAUAAGUUUAUUUAGCAUGGCUUAGAAAACCAAAACCACAUGUGUUGGUCCAAAAUCUACAUCACCAGGUCAGAUCAUAAAAAAAUGUUGCUACUCUAGAAGCCAGAUUUAUGACUCAGUCUUGACGAAACUUGGUCAGGAUGUUUAUCUUGACACUAUGAGGACUAUACUUGAAUCUUGGGUAAAGUUUGAACAAAAACUAGAUCACCCAGUAAAGUCUGCCACAAUAUGCCUCCUUAGACUCGGAUGAGCACCUUAUAGCCAUCUUGCCCCUCUUUGAACAAGUCAUGCCUGUUAAACAACAAAGAGUGUUUAUAAUGAAUGGCUAAAUAUAUUGUUAAUCCAAGCAUGUCAUAAGGUCAAGACAGUAGUUAUAUAUUAAACAAUUUGCAUAAAUUUUCCUAUAAAAGUACAUGUAUUUGCAUUCUGAAUUCUUUUAAUUGUCCUCUAGGGGGAAAUAUUUUUAUGUAUACAUGUUUUCAAAAAAUAAAUGAGUCAUUCCUGUUGUCCAUUAAAUAUUUUACUCUUUGUUCUUGAAAUGAUUUUGUCAUUACCUUGUCUUCUUGGAAGUUUUAUUUUGAUGCAUAGCCCACUUUGACAUUUAAAGCCCAAUAAUAUACUUUAAUUUAUGAUUGCUAGUUUGGUACUUUAUGACUUUGUUUUGACGUAUCGGCUGUUUGUUGACUUUGGUUUUACAUUUUUUAAGAAUUCAGUUAUUAUUUAUAUACAAUGUACUUUAUAAAUUACAAAAACUGACAUUGAAAAAUGAUAAUGCUCACACAACUUAUAAUGUCAUCACUCGUUGUAAAAAAACCUUUGAAGACUUAGAUGUGUGCUAAAGUUCAUAUAACCUUUAGCUAUUGUAAACCAUGACUACGAGAUAAUUUUUCAAUGAAGUAUUAAAGAGAUGGGUCUAUUAAACCUUUAAUAAGUACUAGUCAUAGCUAUAUGGUCAAAAUGCCAUAUUGCAAUUUAACUAGUUGAGGCAUAUUGAAACAUCACUUUUUUCUUCACCACAAUGAGGUAAAGGUCAUUUAUACCUAAUUUUUAUGUUAUUUUAUAAAGAUUACUUUAGCAUUGACUUGAGGGAAAUUUCAUCAGCUGCAUCCUGGUGUGUUACAAUCCAAUUAUUUACUCUUCUUUAAGUGUCAUAAUUUGUAAUAAUUGGAAACUUCUAGUGAUUCUGAAAAUAUAAUGUUUGCUUGCUUUUGUCAGAAUUUGGGUCCAUCUCAUAAAAUCUCUUGGGGAAUGUUCAAUAAUCAUUAUAUCGUCUACUUUGUGUGUGAGUGUGUGUAGGGGUGGGGGUAAUUUUGGCUUGUGAAGGUGCCGUCUUUGAUAAGCCAAAUGACGUUUUAUUGGGUUCUUAUGUGUACUAAUAGUCAAAAGUUUUUCUCUUUCCCUAAACUGUCUGUCAUAAAUUUUACAUAAUUUUUGUAUAGCCCUCAAAAUAGUAUUUUUACGCUGAUGGAUGAAUGUUAUUUCUCUGAGUUGGAAAUGACGUCAGUUGUCUGUAAUGAUCAGGUUAUUACUUAGCAAGGAAGAACAGUAAAAAUUGAUGGAAUAUGCCUUUAGUUUAGUUGCUUUACAGACAAAUUUUUAAGGACAACAAAAUUACAUGAAAGCCCGUAUGAGACUUCUAAAGUUUAUACAGUUAUAUAUUAUUUGUAAAAUAAUUAAGUGUUAAAUGUCCUAAGAAGGGUAAAUGUUAUUGUUGAAUCAUUCAUCAGUACAGUUUUGUUCAUCGUUUCAGUAUUUAUUGUUCAUCGUUAUGUUUUGUUUGAUAGAACACAUUUGUUUAGAUGUGAUUUUGUUAAUGUCUAUAAUAAAUACUUAAUACUUAACAGUUCACAUUUAAUUUGUUCUUUUUAAAUGCAUAAUUGCUUUAUAUAAUAAUCACCACAAAUUAUAAUGUUGAUUUUAUAGUUUAAAAAAAUGACCAUUGGCUUUUACUUUACUUAAUCAUGUGCCUUGUUGCUGUUAAUUAUUGCUGUUUGUAUUACUAUGUUUCUAUUACAAACAAUACAUUGAAAUCCAAAGUGCCUCGCAUAUAUUCUGCCUCUUUAGUAGGUAAACAAUAAUUUUGCCUAUUAUGCAUUAAGACAAUGGUAACAUCUAUAAUGCCAUGUAAGCAUCAUGGAGAAUAUUGUCUUAAUAUUUCAUUACAAAUUUAAUUCCAGUUAACAUAUUGUUACAUUUAUUUGUGUUUAUUUACUUUAGUGAUACAACAGUUUAUGUUUAUCUUAUUUCUUGUGUCAUGACAUGAUAGAUGUAAGGAAGAAUUUAAUAAACAUCUUACAUUGUUUGAUUAAAAGCAAAUAUUGAAUUCCGAAAGUUUCUAAACUUAUAACAGUACAAAUGUAAAUUUAAAUUAUACAAAUGAAAAAAGGUUUAACUUUUACCAUGUGUACUACAAGGAUGACAAUAUUAUUUAUGUAAUUUGAAACACCUAAACAUUCUAUUUACUGUGUGUAUAUUAUUAUUCCGUAAUGUUCUAUCAACAAAUGUCACAUUCCAUGUAUCAUAUGCAAAUAGAUUAUUCGGUAUAUUGCAUUUGCCCUGCCAUCAACAUUUUAGAUUGUCUUUAAAGUGCUAUAGUUAAAACCAGAUGGUCUCAUACUGUGAUAUUAUAGGUUCAUCAUCUCAAAUCUCUGUGCUAUAUGAUACAUAUAUUGGUACAAUGAUAUCCUCUGGUGAAAUCUGUUUUGUAGUUGUCUGUCCAACUGCUUGUCAGUCUGUACCCUAUGUUCCUGUCCGCUAUACAUUCCCUAAAUUUGUCUCAAAGAUUCAUGCCAUUGAGACGAUAUUCCAAACGCAUGAAUCAUGCAAAUUGUAGCCGUAAGGUCACGCUUGAAGGUCAUCUGUUGGAGAAUUGAUUUUGUUUGUUCUUUUAGUAUCUAAUAUACCUUUUGAAGGAUUUUCAAAUUUUCAAUAAACUUGCACCCAAUUUUUUAGGUCAUAUAGGCUAUUCGCGGAUGCCAUCAAGGCUUACAGCACACUAAAGGUCACGUGUGCAGCUGUUUAUCAGUUCCAUAUCUCUCAUAUAAUUUUUAAGGAUUUUCAUGAAACUUGCCUUAGAUCUUUUGGUCAUUGAAACGAUAAGCAGAAGGCACAUGUCCGGCAUGACUCCAUAAUGCCAGCUUAAGGUCAAGGUCACAUUGAGAAUGUUUGAGCCCUCAUAUUCAUCUCCACUCCAAAUCUGCUGUACCUUUCUAAGAAUUUUCCUAAAAGUUUUCAUAUAUAUGUUAAGGUUAUUAGGUCGAAAUGAUAUAGUCAAAACAAUUUCAAUUAAUUGCUUGAGGCAAAUAUCGUUUUGCAGUGUAUUGUAAAUAGCACGAAAGCGACAACAAAUGCUGUUGCAAUUAUUACAUGUUAAGAAAAUGGUGGGGCAUUAAUGCAGACCUUGACAAUGGGCAAUGGCAAAUAGUUUUUAAUGGUUUUUGACGGUAAGAAAACAAUUAAAAAAUAAGACAUUAUAAUACAAAUGUAUACUUAUAUAUUAUAAUAAAAAUAUAUAAUAUUAUUAUAAUACAUAAUAUAAUAAAAUAGCAAAUGAUCCAAUAAUUUCAUUUUAAACGGUCUUUUUGUUUUGCAAAGCCCCUUACAGUUUUGUUGGCUUCAAUUGUAUGUAAUAUGUUUUAGUUGGGCAUAUAUAUUAUAUUGUUUGGCUUUAUCUGCAUUUGUUUUAUUUAAUGUUAUUGAAAUUAUUAAACUAUUGAUAUUGAUUAACAACCAUUGUUAUGAACAUGUUUUUCUUUUGAACAUUUUAAAUACGUGUACGUCCUUCAACUUAGGAUCCAAAGAGGCAUUUACGUUAUUGUAGGGACAUGCAUACUUAUUUUAAUCAAUAUAAGCGAUGUAAUCGAAUUUGAUUACAUACGGCAUUUUGUGGGAAAGUCUCAACGAUCUACAAGAUAUGAAUUUUAGAAAUUAAAAUCAUAUUUACAAGCUGACCAUGUCUCGUUUCAGUGACAAUAUUUUACAAGAAUUUUGUUCAAAACCACAUCUUUAUGUCUACUUCACUCUAAACUGCUCAUAUUAAACAACCCGUAUGUCAUGUUUUACUCAACGAUACCUAUUGUUGAAGAACGCAUAUUAGGUACAUAAUCACUUGCUUAAUUUGAGCAAUUUUCCGCAGCAGCUUUCAUUUCUUUAUUGAAGUUGCAUGCUAGUCCUAAAUUCACAUUGUUAAGAGAACAAAUAGUAGGCGUAACUUAAACUGGUCAUAAACAAUAUUUUAUUCACAUGACCCAGGGGGGCGGUUUCAGUGAUUUUUUACAAUCCGUAAACGAGAUGUGAUUCUUGUCACUGAAGUUUUGUGUUUCAAUAAAUAAAUGCAACUUU